AUGCAGCACAUUAAUCCAUCAGCUAAUCCUCCAACUCAUACACUGACUUCUUCUCUAGAUCCGAGUCAAUCACAGUCUGCUGCUAAUCGUCCCCAUCGAUUUUUACCUUACCAACACAAUCCUGGCCAUAAUAAUCUGCAGUUGCAUCCACAUCAACAUCAUCAACUGCUCCAACAACAAACUCCCCCCUUUGACUUUGCAACGGCCAGAACAGUGAACAACAGUUCGGCUUUGUCCUACAACAGUACCAGCGAAGUUAGUUCCGUGACGAACUCAAGCACGUUUUCAGUCCAUCCUCAAUUUGCAUCAUCUGAAAACUCAGAAGAGUCAAAGUAUCCAACAGAAGCAAUGCACGAGAAAAGAAGUGUCAAUUCAAAUGGCACGGAAAAGGACUUCUUCCCUAACCACAAUCCCUUUGACUUUAAUUCUUAUCCCAUAACCAAUCCUCCGCUUAUUGAUGCCACUUAUAUCAAUUAUGCUGCUGAUGGACAUCGUACAAGAAGAAGAAUUUCCAUUUCUAAUGGUCAGAUUGGUCAAAUUGUUAAUCAUGAAGCAAUUUUUGAUUCUGAUUUUAGUCUUGAUGAUGGUUAUAAUCAACAGGGAGUGGGGAAUGAAGAUUCCAUUCAAGAUGUCCCACCAUUUCCACCAGGGUUUGUAGAUGAUACUCUUUUAUUAGGCAUGGGGAAUAUACAGCCUAAAGCUGUAAUAUCUCCUCAACAGCAGCAACAGCAACAACAUUUACCCCCUCAUCAAGAUCCUCGGCAUCGGGCUGGACCCGCUUUUAAUCACAACAUGUUCAAGGUAGAGCAAGAAUCACAACCACAAGUACAACCACAAGUGCAACCACAAGUGCAACCACAAGUGCAACCACAAGUGCAACCACAAGUACAACCACAAGUACAACCUCAAGUACAACCACAAACACAUGCACCAAUUGCUCUUUCUCAAGGACUUCAUGGGUCACCACCAAUCAACGGUAGAUUAGAUCAUCAAGCAGUCGUUGGAAUGCCACCAUCAUCUAAAGUUCUUAGGACAACGACAGCAGUUCCUGUUAACCAAAACACAGGACUACCAGACUCAUUAGCAGAUGCUGCAGGAGUUCCACCACCCAAUCAUCAGCUUAUAUACAACAAUGAAGUCAUCUAUAACCCCAACGAUGGGCCCAUACCUGGGACAGCAGCCUGGAAGAAGGAAAGACUCUUGGAAAGAAAUCGGAUUGCUGCUUCAAAAUGUCGUCAACGGAAGAAACAAGCUCAGCAAGAAUUGGUGUCUAAUAUUUCCAAAUAUGAAAAGAAAAAUGAUGAAAUGAGAGAAACAAUGGCCAAUUAUGCUCAGCUUAUAUCCAUUUAUAAUGAGCAUUUGAAGUUAUAUUUUAAACUGGGGAAUCCAAGUUGUUUAGAAUCUCUUAGAAAAUAUGUUGAUAUCGAUAUCGGGGAGGCUGUCAAUUUACUUGAAAAGAAGAAUCAGGGUGUAAGCAUCAAACAAGAGAAGAAUCUUUAG